CCUCCCUCGCCCGGCCGUGUCCUGGACGGUGUGAUUGGCGGAGCCGCCGCGGUCGGAGCGCAUUCACUCGGACGGGCGGAAAGAGCCAGCUGCACCUCGGUACGUCGACGUCUGCCAGCACUCAGUGAGCAGUCAUGAGCGAGGCACCUCUGAAGGAGCUGGUUCAGAAGGCCAAGCUGGCCGAGCAGGCGGAGCGCUACGAUGACAUGGCCUCUGCCAUGAAAGCCGUGACGGAGGACAGCGAGCAGUUGUCCAACGAGGAGCGGAACCUGCUGUCAGUGGCCUACAAGAAUGUUGUGGGUGCGCGCCGCUCAUCUUGGCGCGUCGUCUCCAGCAUUGAGCAGAAGUCAGAAGGCAGUGAGAGGAAGCAGGCCAUGGCCAAAGAAUACCGGGAAAAGAUCGAGAAUGAGCUGAAGGAGAUCUGCAACGAUGUUCUGGGUCUUUUGGACAAGUUUCUCAUUCCCAAAGCAACUGUUGCAGAGAGCAAAGUCUUUUAUUUGAAAAUGAAAGGAGAUUACUACCGCUACUUGGCUGAGGUGGCUACAGGGCAAGAGAAAAAAGGCAUUAUUGGAGAUUCACAGGGUGCAUACAAACAGGCCUUUGAAAUCAGCAAAGAAGAAAUGCAGCCCACACACCCAAUCCGUCUUGGUCUCGCCCUCAAUUACUCGGUGUUCUUCUAUGAGAUUCUCAAUUCACCUGAAGAAGCUUGUCAGCUGGCCAAACAGGCUUUCGAUGAAGCCAUUGCAGAGCUCGACACACUGAGUGAAGAAUCGUACAAAGACAGUACACUAAUCAUGCAGCUAUUGAGAGACAACUUGACACUGUGGACUUCUGAUAACCAGGUUGAGGGGGAGGAAACAGAAGAGCCCAGAGAUUGAGACAGACCUCCAUAGUCAUUCCUAUCUGCCUGCCAUUGUUCCAAGGCAUCUUCAUCAUGUUCAUCAACACUGCGACCACCUCAUUAUCAACAUCCAAGUCUCCAUGUUUUUUUUGUUUGUUUGUUUUCUUUUCUAUCUGGGGGUAUUCUCAUCUUACUCCUUUCAGUUUACUAAUCAUGUUGUUGUAACUGGGGGGAAAUGGGAGCGGUGGGGAGAUUGAGUUUGGGCGUGGCGUUGUAUUUAGGGUUGGAUUUUUGGCUGUUGAUCUUUUCCUGAGUUUGAGCUAUGGGUGUUGGAUGCUAUUAAAGUUCUAGGUAUGAGAGCAAGUUCUCAAUGCAUGCAGCAAGUUGAGUUUUUAAGAGUGAGAAAAGUGAUUAGACCGUAUGUAUAUUCUAAUUGCAAAUGGUGCUGUUUGAGUAACCGCAUCUUUUGAAGACAAAUCGUGGUUUCUUAAACAGUGGGUCGCUCAUCACACCUUAUCUGAAGAAUUACAGCUAAUGCAAACACCACGGCGGUGUCAUGGGGAGUUCUGGAGAUGAAGGGCAACAUUUUAUAAAGGUUACAUUCCAUUUACUGUCAGUUGUUCAACCUGCUACUCCGGUUUUUGUUUCUUUUUUUUGCUGGGGAAUCUGCUUUUGUAUUUCUAUGAAUCAAUUGAGGUAUAGAUUUUGUUUUAACAAAAAAAGCACACAACUUUGUAUUGUUGCUGUUUUGUAUAAGGACCACAGUAAAAACAAAUCCACAUUUGUAGAGUUGCUGCUUUUUCAAAUGGUUUUUUUGUUUGGGGUUUUUUUUUUUUCUUUCAGUAUUUGCCUGAACUAUUGGUAAUGGGUAGUCGGUGGAGAAGCACAGACAGGUUGUUUGGCUGGUUUGCUUUGUUUGUCUUUGGAUUUUCAUAACACCCAAGCAUAAGUGUUAUUUGGGGAGAAAUGUGUAAUUUCAUGUAAGUGGAAUAAAAAAGUCCAAACAAGA